AUGUGCCGCUUCAUCGUGUACAAGGGCGCCGAGCCGAUACAGCUCUCCCACCUCGUCACGCGCCCCCGGCACAGUAUCACGAACCAGGCGUUCGAGUCCAAGCUGCGUUUGCCCAGCAGCCGGCCAAUGAAUGCGGACGGCUUCGGUAUAGGGUGGUACGACCCGGUGCUGAGCGAGCCGACGGUGCACGCGUCCGGCGCGGCCGCGCACUCGCACCCGCACGCCACAGGCGUCGAGUCGACGCCGUCGUCGCGCCCAAUAUCGCCGCCGCUCCAGCUGCCCAUCGUGCCAGAAGGUUCCUCGGCGGCGGGCCCGUCCACGCUGCGGACCGGCACGCCGCCCGCGCUCAGCCCGGGCGGGGCCGUGCUCCCCGACCCUGUAGAGGUCGCGGCGCAGGUCGCGGACGAGGCACGGUCCGCGGAAGUCGCGGCGCUGCGUGAGCGCGAGCGGGAGAUUGAGAGCGAGCGGCCGUGCGUCUUCAAGUCGAUCUCACCGGCUUGGAGUAAUGCCAACCUUACGCGUCUGGCCGAGAAGAUUCGUAGCCCGCUUGUGUUUGCCCAUGUGCGCGCCUCGACCAUGAGCGGAGCUCCGAGCGAGGACAACUGCCACCCCUGGGUGUUUGACCGCCUCAUGUGGAUGCACAACGGCGAGAUCAACGCGUUCCCCAAGAUCAAGCGUGCGCUGCAGGCGUCGCUGUCAGAGGAGCUCUUCCUCUACCCAUCUGGGUACACUGACUCGGAGUGGGCAUUCAUGGUCUUCCUCUCCAUGCUCAAAGACCCCCACGCGCGCAGCUUCACGCACCGCGAGCUGUCCGACGCGAUGAUGAAGACGAUCAAGUUCAUCAACCAGCUGUCCAAAGAGGCGGGCAUCACAGGCCCGAGCCUGAUGAACUUUGUCGUGUCGGACGGGCACACGGUCGUGGCGACGCGCUACAUCUCGAGCCGCACGUCCGAGGCCUCGUCCCUCUUCUUCUCGUCGGGCACCUCGUUUGACGAGUACGAGCCCGCCGCCGGGCUGUACCGCAUGACCAAGGCCGACAAGCGCGAGCGCAUCAUCAUGAUCGCGAGCGAGCCGCUCACGUUUGAGCGGGCAGACUGGGUCGAAGUCAAGACCAACAUGAUGGUUGUCAUCACUCCCAAGAUGAACCUCCUCCAGAUCCCCAUCAUUGACGACUACUGGGUCGCACCGCAGGACCCAGCGAGCCACUCGCGCUCGCCCGACUUUGCCAUCAAGCUUGGCUUCGGACACGGGUUCGCGUACGACGCGGCGCUCGUCGCAUAG